AAAUUGAAAGAAACGUCAUAUCACAAAUUUGAUUAUUUUGGCUCAGCUUUAAAAAUUCUCCCUUUUUCCUUUUUUUUUUGAAAAAUGAAUGAACCUCGUAGUUUAGAGACAAAUAAUAUUAAUACAAGAAUAGUUAAUGAAAUAAAUAAGAGAAUAGGAGCAUUUUUAGCAAAGGAGACCGGGUUUUCUAGUAUAACUUCUUCAGCAAAUGAAGUAUUAGCCAACGUAUUGGAGACAUAUUUCGAAAACAUAAUUAAAACAUCACAAGCAUAUGCAGAAUUAGCGUGUCGGUCACAGAUAAAUCUUAAUGAUGUCGAAAAAAGUUUUAAAGAAUGGAAUAUUAAAACAGGAGCCCUUGAAGGGCACAUAGAAAAAUGUCUCAAAGCAAAGGAAAAUUAUCAUACAUUCGCGUCUGAUUUAAAAUCUUCAAUACAAUCAGAAAGCCAAUCAAAGACGCCUUCGAUGACAUUAUAUAAUCCUGAAGAUAUAAAUGAAGAUGAUGAAUAUCGUCCAAAAUAUGUUCCUUCCCAUAUGCCUCCAUUUCCUGCUAAACAUUCUUACAAGAAAACACCCGUAAGUCAUCUUUAUCCACGUCUUAUUCAAGUUAAAAACAUUUUCUAACAUAAUUACUAUUUAAUAAAGGUAUAUCCUAAGCUGAUACUUCUUCCACUGUCGUG